GCAGCAGGCUAUAAAAUGAAGUCUCCAACUUCAGCAUGAAUUUGUAGGGAAAAGAAGCUAUAACUGCAAAAUUUCCUGUCAGCAUCACUGUUUCCUACUGCCUUGGAAAUGUUACAGAUGAAGAGCUGAGUCUCAAAAGCAACCUGGUUCCGCUGAUGUAAGCCAGGCAUCUACAGGUGUAAGCUAUUCUGCAGAUAUGUUACGUGAUAUCAGAGAAAAAAAUAACUUAAAAACUUCAGAGUCGUGAAUGCAAAAGAAAGUGAAAUCGUUAACGUGAAAUGCAGACAAUUAUGUCUGUAAUAUGAAUUUUGGUCAGCCUAAUCAACUGGGAUUGGAAUGAAACUGCUACUGAGGUCCUAUUCAGUCAGUUGCUCUUAUACUGAAAACCUUCAGUGAAAAACUAAAUGAGAAAUCUGAAUGUGAGAAAAAGAUUCUCUGAAAAUCAUUUCUUAACAAAGGCAGAAACUUGAAAAGAAACCGCAAGGUACAAAUCAUCAGGAUUGAGGAAUGAACCUGCUAAGUAGGGAAUCCACAAAACCUGUACUGAAAACGUUCUUGGAAGUUUGCACUAAGACCCAACCUUCCUGCUUGUACUGGUGUUAUAACAAAUGGAUUCUAAUCCCCCAAUAUUGGUUCAGAUUUAAAAGUCUGUAAAAGAGGAUUGCACUUUAAUUGACAGUGAAGCACAGAUGUUUUUUUUCCACCUUUCCUGUAAGUACUGUAACAACAUAUGUUGCAUGUGUGUGAGUGUUUUAGAACCAGCAUCCAUUAUCUGCAGGCUUAAGAAUGCAGAGACCUUUUAAUGGAGUGGUUACAUUAGAAAAUAAUUGAAUAUCAAGGGAUGUAAUCUCUAAUGCAAUACUUUAAUUUUUGUUGAAUGUCAGACUGUGUUGAGUUCUACUGCAUACUAUUGAAGAGGCAAGAAAGUCAAAUUCAUCUUGUCUGCUAAAUGCUCAUGUGACAAACCAUAUGAAAAUGCAUCUUUGCUUUAUUUAUGUCAGCAACGGGAAGUUUGUUUCUGAGCUCUGACCUGAACUUUCAUGUCUAUUGUUCUCACCGCACAGAUCUUUGGUUGUUCCUCACCCAGUUUCUGUGAACCAAAUCAGAAUGAGUAAUGUUUCUCAUAAGAAUCAGUCUGACACAAACUUGUACUUAAUAGCUUCUUGCUUUGUGUUACCUCUGUCUGCUGUUAUUAUUUUUAUCAAUACUAUCAUCAUCAUUGGCAUCGCCUUUAACAAGAAGCUUCACACCACCACAAACUACUUUUUCCUGAGCCUGCUUUUUGCAGAUUUCUUCACAGGUGUGGCUUUGCCAUUCAUUCCCCGGAUGCUUAUGACCCAGGGUUUCCAGUACGGAAAAUGUCUUUUCAUCUUCAUCUGUCCAAAUUUCUUCUUCCUCUCUUUCCUGGCCAACCUUGUGAUGGUACAUUAUGAAAGAUAUCUCUACAUUGUCCACCCUCUUCACUAUGCCUGUUCCUGGGUGCAACGCUAUGUCUAUGGUGUACUACUGGUAGUGUGGGUACUGCCCCUGAUUUAUGCAUGCUUGCCUGCCUUCGGCUGGAAUGGAUGGGCUAAUGAUAAUAACAGCUGCAGUACCAAAUUCCUUCCCUCAGCUUACAUCUAUCUGGAAAACUAUGUGUUUCUCUUGCCUGGCAUUUUUGCAACUGCGGUGAUGACAUAUCGAGUGUUGUCUAUCGCAAGGAAGCAGCUCCACGACAUCCAGAAACUUCACCGAGCAGUGAAUAGAGGUGGCAUCUCAGAAGCAGAGCAAAAGAUGACCUUGAGGCAUGCUAAGUGCACAGCUGCUGUAACUGUUGUAUUCUUGUUGUGCUGGGUACCUUAUAUUGCCUAUAUCCAAGUCAUUCCGCUGACACUGCGCUUGUACGUAAAUGAAAGUACGCAUGUCAUUCUGUCUUGUGUUGGGAGUGGAAGUGCAGCCAUAAUGCCUUUAAUUGUGGGGCUGAGUAACAAGCAGUAUACAGAACUGUGGAGGAACCUGUUUAGAAAUCGCUGUAAGUGUUGGGUGAGAUGAAUUUCUUAAUGCACUAGAAAUGAACAAAAUUACAGAUCCCACAAUGUCUUACAUAGUGACUUAUCCUUGUUGGAAUAAUAGAAGGGAUUUGCUACUGUGGGCGCUUUAAAAACACUGGUAUUAUAAUAAAGACUUCAGGAAUACAAAUCACAUUGUUAUGAAAGACUGUUCAGAUGUGCUAACAUGAAACAAAAAUGAUAGUUUACAAGUCCCCUAAGCCACACCAAUACAUGCAUGCAUCAUUUUUCUUUCCCUGUAGUAUGUGGUCCUUGGUAUUUCAGUAGGCCUUUUUCAUCAGCAUUUUUAGAUACUGCAAAAUUCUGGUAACACACAGGCUGCAUAGAUGUUGCAUGUACUAAAUAUGAUGUCAGACAAUUAUAGAAAAGUCAUGUUCUAAUAGGUACAGCAAGUGUAGAAUUUUUCUCAGAAAUUACAAGGGUUUUGUGCUGGUAAAGGCAUUGGUGACUUGAUCACUUGUUACUUGCUUGCAAAUGGCAUGUUAACCCCAUUUUUAUUUACAUUAUCUCACUUUUCUUUGUUAGUCCACUAGCUUCUGCAGCAAGAUCCAUAUGUUUGUCUUGCAGAGGCCAUUUCAAGUUGUGUUACAGACAUAUUCGUUCUUAAUAAACUACCAUUCCCCUGCACCUAUGACAAAAAACUUAAUUAUAACAUCCCAUUAUAUCUCAGCUCACAUUAUGCCUAUGUACUUAUGUUUCUCCUCAAAAAAAUCUAUUGAUUAUUAAAAAAAAAACUAUAUGUAUUCUCAUCUCCAGCCUUGUUCUAGAUUGCAUUCAAGUCAGUUUCACUUCUGUGUAUCCCCUCUUGGGUGGAACUGCUUCCUAACAGCACAUUGUGAAUGGUUUUGUCUUCUGUAAUAUCUCUUGCAUAGAAGUACUUAUCUCUAGCACAAUUUCUAAAGUCAGGCAACAGUCCUAGGACAAAUACUCAGAGUGCAAAACCAGGCAGGUAAUAAAGUGACAAAAUCUUACUGCAGUUUCACACAUGAUGAACUAUAUUGCAUGGCAUGUAAUAUUAAAAAAAUGUGAUCCUGUUUGUUGUAGACUAUAAUGACAGUUAGGCUAUUCGGAAUGUAUAAAUUCAGACUGUUGUUGCACUUUUGAACACUAACAGGUACUAGCUAAUUAAUUUGUGUUUUAUUAAAGUGCUGUUAAAGUUU